GGUCCAAAGUACAUAAAAAUCUUUAUCAACCUUCCUCGAUCUAUGGAUUUUGAAGAAGCAGAAAGAAGUGAACCAACUCAAGCCCUGGAGCUGACACCAGAUGAUAUUAAGGAAGAUGGUAUUGUCCAGCUUCGCUAUGUAAAAUUUCAGAAUGUUAACAGUGUAACUUUGUUUGUCCAAUCCAAUCAUGGUGAUGAAGAGACAACAAGAAUCACAUACUUCACAUUUAUUGGAACUCCAGUCCAAGCAACAAAUAUGAAUGACUUCAAGCGAGUAGUUGGCAAAAAAGGAGAAAGCCACUAGGACGCAAAAGACACUGGAAGGCCUUAUCGCAAUUAGAGAUCUUCACUUUUAUCUACAACUCCUGGAUAAUUGCUUGACCAUAACCAGAGACUGUCAAUCUGUUUCAUUUAAUGCCAUUACCAAUAAAUCAUUGCUUUUGUUGAGAUGGCGUUUCCCUAGUGUGUUUCUCUUGUAAUCCUCAUACAUGUAUUUGUAAAUAAAAUUCAUUACUUUUGCUAAGUUUAAUUUUGUUAUUC